CUAAGUAGUGAUUCUUUUUUUACUUCUCUACUGUUUUGUUCAUUCGACCAACACACAUGGCUUUCACAUUGCUGAGUGUAGAUGAUUUUUUGGGCAUGAAAUUUGAGCACAACAUGAGUGAAUGGACUAUUUGUUGGCUGUGUCCGAAGUUGCAGGGUUAAAAUCCAUGUUCGGAGAGGAAGACAACUUAAUCGCUAGCAAGACAAAGUGUUCUGUAUCAAGAAAGAAGAAAGAAUCACUCAGAAUAUUGAGUCCAUCUUGUCAUCAUUCCCAGCAGUUCUUGAUCGUCAAGAUAAACCAAUUCUUGAUUUCGUCAUCCCAAAGGCGAAACGAUCAAUGCCAAAAGUACGGCCAAGAAAAGUUACUAAACAAUUCUUAUGCAAUACUGGCGAAUUGAUGAUCAAGAAAGCUGUGGAAAAUAAUUCUGAAGAACAAAAACACAGAGUUAAGGCUGAUGAUGAAAGGAAAAACAGUGUGUUCAAAUUCAAUUGGGGUCCUGGUUUACGCGAUCUAGAAUUCUUCCAUCACAAAAAUCACAACAAGUAUGAAGAGGGAGAAAAUAGUGUAAAGGCCCCUGAUGAUAGGGAAAACAAAGUGUCUAAACUCACUUGGAGGUUUACUGCUAAUUUUGCAUUUGGAAAUCCAAAAAGACGAAAAAGAUUAGCCAACGACGUCCCACUUGGUUUCAACAAUCAAGAACAGUACUUAUUGAAAGAAAAAUUGGUUGGAAAAUCAGGAAAGCAUGAAGAGGAUGUCAAAGAAGAGGCUACAAGACAAAAGAAGAAGGCGAAGAGGAACAUUAUUGGUAGAGCUGAAGCCCCUCUUAUUAUCAACGACAAACAAAGAGAAUUGCCUAUUGAAUUCAAGAAUGUGAUUACUGAGAUUGGGGGUUCACUUGAAUCACUUAAAUUGGUCAUUGCGAAAAGACUAUUCCAGACUGAUGUUAAACGAGCAGAGGGAAGGCUUUCAAUCCCACUAAAUCAGAUACGUAAGUUUCUUGAGCCAGGAGAUCAUUUUCUUAGUCCAGAUGAAGAUGCACGUUUGGAUACUCGCAAUGGGAACAAAAUGUUUACGAUGAGAGUAACGUUGAUUGAGCCUUCUCGUCGAAUAUGUAAAAUCAAUCUCAGAAAAUGGCAUAUGAACAAAAAUAAUGGGAAAAGAAAUUCAAGUUAUGUGUUGGUUACAGACUGGAAUGAGGUGACAAAAAGGAACGCUUUGAAAAUUGGUACUCUGGUGCAAUUGUGGUCAUUUAGGAUGGGUCCUGACUUGUGUUUUGCACUGGUUAAACCUCAAGAUUGAAGUUAAGUUAAGUAGUAUAUAUUAGUAUUAAGCAUAUUUUCUAUUCAUUCUUUACUUUGCAACAGAAUUUACAUGUUUAAUCUU